ACAAACAACUAAGGUUGGCGCCGGGCUCUCUGGGAUCCUUCGCGGAGGGGCAGAGCAGGCGGGGGUGACUGGCAGCGGGGCGGGGGAAAGGGCGGUCCCGGAGGCGGUCCCGGGGCGGAGCCCGUGACGCGCGGAGUCGGCCGGCUUAAGGGCCGGACCUCAGCGUCUCCCGGAGUCUGGCCGCAGUCGCGGCAGUGGUGGCUUCCCAUCCCCAAAAGGCGCCCUCCGACUCCUUGCGCCGCACUGCUCGCCGGGCCAGUCCGGAAACGGGUCGUGGAGCUCCGCACCACUCCCGCUGGUUCCCGAAGGCAGAUCCCUUCUCCCGAGAGUUGCGAGAAACUUUCCCUUGUCCCCGACGCUGCAGCGGCUCGGGUACCGUGGCAGCCGCAGGUUUCUGAACCCCGGGCCACGCUCCCCGCGCCUCGGCUUCGCGCUCGUGUAGAUCGUUCCCUCUCUGGUUGCACGCUGGGGAUCCCGGACCUCGAUUCUGCGGGCGAGAUGCCCCUGGGACACAUCAUGAGGCUGGACCUGGAGAAAAUUGCCCUGGAGUACAUCGUGCCCUGUCUGCACGAGGUGGGCUUCUGCUACCUGGACAACUUCCUGGGCGAGGUGGUGGGCGACUGCGUCCUGGAGCGCGUCAAGCAGCUGCACUGCACCGGGGCCCUGCGGGACGGCCAGCUGGCGGGGCCGCGCGCCGGCGUCUCCAAGCGACACCUGCGGGGCGACCAGAUCACGUGGAUCGGGGGCAACGAGGAGGGCUGCGAGGCCAUCAGCUUCCUCCUGUCCCUCAUCGACAGGCUGGUCCUCUACUGCGGGAGCCGGCUGGGCAAAUACUACGUCAAGGAGAGGUCUAAGGCAAUGGUGGCUUGCUAUCCGGGAAAUGGAACAGGUUAUGUUCGCCACGUGGACAACCCCAACGGUGAUGGUCGCUGCAUCACCUGCAUCUACUAUCUGAACAAGAAUUGGGAUGCCAAGCUACAUGGUGGGAUCCUGCGGAUAUUUCCAGAGGGGAAAUCAUUCAUAGCAGAUGUGGAGCCCAUUUUUGACAGACUCCUGUUCUUCUGGUCAGAUCGUAGGAACCCACACGAAGUGCAGCCUUCUUACGCAACCAGAUAUGCUAUGACUGUCUGGUACUUUGAUGCUGAAGAAAGGGCAGAAGCCAAAAAGAAAUUCAGGAAUUUAACUAGGAAAACUGAAUCUGCCCUCACUGAAGACUGACCGUGCUCUGAAAUCUGCUGGCCUUGUUCAUUUUAGUAACGGUUCCUGAAUUCUCUUAAAUUCUUUGAGAUCCAAAGAUGGCCUCUUCAGUGACAACAAUCUCCCUGCUACUUCUUGCAUCCUUCACAUCCCUGUCUUGUGUGUGGUACUUCAUGUUUUCUUGCCAAGACUGUGUUGAUCUUCAGAUACUCUCUUUGCCAGAUGAAGUUAUUUGCUAACUCCAGAAAUUCCUGCAGACAUCCUACUCGGCCAGCGGUUUACCUGAUAGAUUCGGUAAUACUAUCAAGAGAAGAGCCUAGGAGCACAGCGAGGGAAUGAACCUUACUUGCACUUUAUAUAUACUUCCUGAUUUGAAAGGAGGAGGUUUGAAAAGAAAAAAAUGGAGGUGGUAGAUGCCACAGAGAGGCAUCAUGGAAGCCUUAACAGCAGGAAACAGAGAAAUUUGUGUCAUCUGAACAAUUUCCAGAUGUUCUUAAUCCAGGGCUGUUGGGGUUUCUGGAGAAUUAUCACAACCUAAUGACAUUAAUACCUCUAGAAAGGGCUGCUGUCAUAGUGAACAAUUUAUAAGUGUCCCAUGGGGCAGACACUCCUUUUUUCCCAGUCCUGCAACCUGGAUUUUCUGCCUCAGCCCCAUUUUGCUGAAAAUAAUGACUUUCUGAAUAAAGAUGGCAACACAAUUUUUUCUCCAUUUUCAGUUCUUACCUGGGAACCUAAUUCCCCAGAAGCUAAAAAACUAGACAUUAGUUGUUUUGGUUGCUUUGUUGGAAUGGAAUUUGAAUUUAAAUGAAAGGAAAAAUAUAUCCCUGGUAGUUUUGUGUUAACCACUGAUAACUGUGGAAAGAGCUAGGUCUACUGAUAUACAAUAAACAUGUGUGCAUCUUGAACAAUUUGAGAGGGGAGGUGGAGUUGGAAAUGUGGGUGUUCCUGUUUUUUUUUUUUUUUUUUUAGUUUUCCUUUUUAAUGAGCUCACCCUUUAACACAAAAAAAGCAGGGUGAUGUAUUUUAAAAAAGGAAGUGGAAAUAAAAAAAUCUCAAAGCUA